UGCUUUUUAAUUGCAAAUAAACAAUGUUAUAUAACCUCAGAGGAAUCGCAUUUUAGUUUAAUUCUUAGUUUAACUCUUCAAUUUGCGGUGCCCUGCUGAGAAGUAGUGGAAGCAUGUUUAAAAACGAGUAUCAGGGUGGUGCUGUUGUUGAGAUCUUCAGUGCACAGGGAAAAGAUCCUGUGGCCAAAUGGAAACUUAGUGGCCAGCCAUCAAUAAGUAAAGUAUUUGAUAAGGAAGUGAAAGGCUUUGUUUACAUCCUUGAAGGCAGCAGUCAAACACAUCGGAUGCAGUUACCUAAAGAUGGCAAGACACCUCUUGUCCUGAUUCAGAAGUUCCUGGUCCUGCAGGUGAAUGUUCCGUCUGGUAAAGACUUCUCCACUGAGCUUGUAGUAACUGAUCAAGGGCACCUGAAGCGAAGGCUCUAUUUGUCCACUGUACAUAAAGAAUUCUCAGCUACCCCACUGCAUGCCAGAAUACCUCUUACAAGCCUCAGACGUGACAUCUGGUGUAACUUGUGCAUUGACCUGGGCUCAUUUAGCGCUGAGCUGUUUCGAGGGGCAUCGUUUCUUUCUCUGGAUGGCAUCAUUAUUUCAGCCUGCUGUAAGGUCAGGCGGAUCUUCACCAUGAGGACCGUACCUUCAGACCAUGUGGACAGAGAUCUUUAUGACAUGAAGAAUGACCCCAAAGAAGAUAUACCUAGGAGCUGCCAGUUUCCUCUGGAUGUUCAGCAUAUUACACAGCUACUGAAUAUGGAGAGGCUGAAACCAGCUGAUCUGAGAAGUGCAUCUAUCAGCUCAAAAUCUGAACAGCCACUGAGUGCAAAAGCCUAUCAGCAUCCGAAAACCCAGGACGGCUCCCAUAUUGCUUUUGGCUCAAAGGUCACAGGUCGCCCUCCACUCACGGCAAGGAAAAGCAGUUUGUUAUCGACUAGGACAGACAAUAGCGCUAAGAGCUCCCCGAAGAGCACUUCACAGACAGGGAGAAGUGGAUAUAUAAAGUCUCAGUCAGCAACUGACCAGGCAAGCUUUGAAAGAACAGGGUCUGGAAGACCAAGACUGGUCCAUAAUGCUCGUACAGAGAGACUAGCUGCACGCAACCAUGUCAUGCCUCAAUCAAGCCCUGAUGCUGAGAAGUCGAUAGAUGAAGACACAUCAGCAGAUCAUCUCAUACCUCGUCGAGCAGAUACUUCAGCUUCUUCCAGACCUCUGGAGUGCAAGUCUCCAUCCAGUUCACUAUCUAAUCAGCAUAUGCUGAAGUAUGGAAAUAAUGAUACCAUGGAGACUGUACCUCAGCUCAGUCUGAUCGAGGCUGAGGAAGAUGGAGAGGAGGUUUUCACCUUUUCUUCUCGCCCUCACUCAGCCAAAAGUUGUCAGUCAUUCUGUGAUGCUUUUGGGAAUUUGUCUGUUGACAUUGAAAAUGACAGCCUGAUGCAGGAAGGAGACAGGAAGGAAGCUCGUUUAGAGGAUGAUUUCGUUGGAGGUGACGGUGAAGAGGAUGAGAGUUACUUUGGAUUUCUCUCUCAGAGAUUUGCAGUACACUCCAGUCCCUCUCCUCCUACCCCAGCUUCCGUUCCCGUUCCCAGAUCCAGCAGCACACCCAGACUCUCAGCUGAUCCAGCACGGUCCUCCCCUGUUCCACACACAUCUCCAGCGUGUUCCUCAGAGACGUCCCGGAGGACUGAGAUGGUGCGUGUGCAACCGACCCGCUGUCUCUCUCCCAGCGCUGCCAGAGUGCGGAGCAGACCCGAACGCCCUGGGCCAGAGAGAACCAGGCCUGAUGGAGAUAUGAGGAAAUCCAUUAGUCGAACAUCUGUUCGAGAGAUUCCCCCUGAGGAUGUCAGGCUCCACAAGGUGAGGGACAGUAAGAGGGGGGUUCCUGUAGGCUCCAGCACCUUCGAUUUAUCCAGGAGACCAGAGCAAGAUGAGGAGGUGGAGGAAGAAGAGCUGAGGAUGUUGGCCAGUUUAAGAAGACAGAAGGAAGAGGAAGAGGUUAGCACCUCCGACCCAGGCCUUAGUGCCUCACAGGUCCACCAGUGCAACGUGAGUCUGAGCAUUAGCAGUGACGACACUUCGACAUGGACACAGUGUAUCCCUCUUGCAUCUGAACAGGGCCAGUGCUACCAAAAAGAGAUGAAUCCUCUUGUUCAGUCUAAUCCCAGGGAAUGGAUGGAUGUUCUCAGCCCUCCCAUUAUUCCUCCAAACCAGCAACUGACCAUCAGCAGAGGAGACCAUGGCAGUGUGUCUACAAAAGGGUCUGUGGCCCAGGGGAACAGCAGCGAUGAUCAGUUUCUCAGCCUGCUUUAUGAUUCCUGCCUGAACUGUUACUUUGAUCCUCAGACUGGGAAGUACUAUGAGCUGAUUUAAAACCUCUGAAAUCAAAAAGGCUGCUGCACACUAGUUAUUGCUUAAAGAAAACAAAGGGGAGCUUUUCCCCACUGUAGUAGUGCACUGACAGAAACUGUAUUCAUAUUAUUGUACAAGUAUAGCUUUCUUCAAGCUGUUAUCAAACAAACGUGCACCCAUUAAUUCAAACAUUAUUUACACUUAUUGUGUUUUGGUUUUUUACGUGAAAUGGCAUCUUCAUCAUCAAAAAAUAAAGUGAUGCAUUACUGCAGUGUAAAAUUGUGUAACUGUUGUUAAUGUAA